AUGAAGUUGACUAAGCAUUUGAGGCCAUUGUAUGUGAAGGCCUUAGUUAAUGGUAUACCUGUGGCAAAAGUACUCAUUGAUAACGGAGAAGCUAUAAACACCAUUCCGUCUAGAAUGAUGAGGAAGUUUGCAAAGAUAGAAAGUGAUAUGAUUCCAACAGAAGUCAUCCUCACAAGUUUCGAUGGAGGAACAAUUUCGACUAAAGGAGUUAUGCCACUAGACAUAACUAUAGGGACAACUACUAGGACCACAGUCUUCUUCGUAAUAGAUGGUCCUACUAGUUACAAUGUGUUACUAGGAAGAGACUGGAUUCAUGAAAGUCAAUGCAUACCUUUAUCGCUCCAUCAGUGCCUGAUUUUCUGGAUUGACAAGGGUGGAGUAGAAGUGGUGCAGACAGAUCAUAGAUCUUUUGUUGCAGAAGCAAACUCAGUGGAAACUUUCAUGUACGAAGGAAAUUAUGGACCUAUCAGGGUAGUCCAAGAUGGAGAAGAAACUCAAAUUGUUGCACAGAGCGAAUAA